AUGCCGGCGGCGGGCGCGGAGGGGGAGGAGGGCCCGGCGGGGGCCGGCGGCGGCCCGGCCGGGGAGCAGGCCGGCCCCGGUACCCUCAAGCUCUGCGGGUACCUGCAGAAGCUGUCGGGCAAAGGCCCCCUACGCGGCUUCCGCAGCCGCUGGUUCGUCUUCGACCCCCGCCGCUGCUACCUCUACUACUUCAAGGGGCCGCAGGAGGCGCUGCCCCUCGGGCACAUCGACAUCGCCUCCGCCUGCUUCAGCUACCACCAGCCCGAGGCCGGCGCCGCCGCCGCGGGGGACGAGGCCGCCGCUUUCGAGGUGCACAGUCCCGGCGGCGCCGUCGCCGUGCUCAAGGCUGCAACUCGUCAGGAUAUGACGUACUGGCUUCAGGAACUUCAACAGAAGAGGUGGGAAUAUUGUAACAACCUUGACGCAGCCAAAAGGGACAGCCGAACUUCCCCUACACCAAGUGACUUGUCCAGAGGUCUCGUUGCCAAAGACAACCCUGAUUUGAGUGUCUUAAGUCAAAAUGCCUCAGCAGAGAGAGCUAGAAAUAUUCUAGCUGUGGAGACUUCUCCUACAGACCUGGUCGGGGAACAAGCAGCUUCCCAACCUGCACCAGUCCAACCAAGUGCCAUCAAUUUCUCGCUAAAACAAUGGAGUGCUGAAAUCAAAAAUUCAGUGUCCUCCUUAAGAAAAGGAAAUAACGAAAACCGCAAGAGCAUAUUUUAUACCACUGAAGAGUGGGAAUUGCUGGAUCCAACCCCAAAAGACUUGGAGGACUCGAUGGCCUUAGAAGAAAAGAGGAAACAUCUGGCAGAAGGAAGUAAAGGACUGACUAGUUCAGCUUUUCCAUUCGAUUUUGGCCGCAUUCCGCACAAAACAAGGCGCCCGUUGAAGGACAUGAUUGCAUCAAGCAAAAGCCGGAACAGCAGUGACUCUUCUCCAACAGACUGGUGUUCUGGUAAUGGCAACAAACUAGUCUCUGAACUGCAACUGAAGUAUCAAAGCCAGCAAGAAGAGCUGGAAAAGCUAAAGAAAGAUCUUUUGAGCCAAAAGGAGCUUGUGCGACUUCUGCAGCAAACAGUCCGUUCUUCCCAAUAUGAUAAAUAUUUCACAAGUCGUCUUUGUGAGGGGGUUCCCAAAGGCAAAUUAGAGCUGUUGCACCAAAAAGAUGACCAGAUUUUAGGUCUUAACAAUCAGCUUGAAAAAUUAAACCUGGAAAAGGAUAGUCUCCAACAGGAAGUAAAGAAUCUGAAAUGUAAAGUUGGAGAACUCAAUGAGCAGCUGGGUAUGUUGAUGGAAACUAUUCAAGCGAAAGAUGAAGUGAUCAUGAAACUCUCUCGUCAGCUCAGCGAAUGUGAGGACAAUACAUACUCUCAAAGUGGAGCAAUAAACUCUUCCAUGGUAACCUGUACUAAUAAGGAACUACAGGAACUGGACAGACUAAAAGACAAUCUUCAGGGUUAUAAGACCCAGAAUAAAUUUUUAAAUAAGGAGAUUUUGGAACUUUCUGCUCUACGAAGAAAUGCAGAAGCAAGAGAGAGAGAAUGGCAGGCAAAGUAUACUAGCUUGGAAGCCAAACUCUGUCAGAUCGAAAGUAAAUAUUUGAUCUUACUUCAAGAAAUGAAAACUCCUGUUUGUUCUGAGGAGCAGGGUCCUGCUCGUGAGGUCAUCACACAGUUACUUGAAGAUGCGUUGAAGGCAGAAACUAGUGAACAACCAGAACAAGCAUUUUUCAAACCACACCUGGUCAGUGAGUAUGAUAUAUAUGGUUUUCAGACUGUCCCAGAGGAUGAUGAUGAGGAGAAACUAGUAGCAAAAUCACGAGCUUUGGACCUGAGAUCUCUUUCUCUCAGUGAAAACAGAGAGAUCUCCACAGGAGUAAAAUGGGAAAACUAUCUUGCAAGCACAAUGAAUAGAGAGAUGAUACGCUGCCUAGAACUAAAGAAUCUUAUUCGAUCUGGAAUUCCACAUGAACACCGUUCCAAGAUGUGGAAAUGGUGUGUCAAUCUCCAUGUUAAAAAAUUCAAGGACAGUACUGCUCCUGGCUACUUCCAAACCUUGCUUCAAAAUGCUCUGGAAAAACAGAAUCCCGCAUCUAAACAAAUCGAGUUGGAUCUCUUGAGAACUUUGCCAAACAACAAACAUUAUUCUUCCCCGACAUGCGAAGGGAUCCAGAAGCUGCGAAAUGUGUUGCUGGCAUUUUCGUGGAGAAAUCCUGAUAUAGGAUAUUGUCAGGGGCUCAACAGAUUGGUAGCAAUCGCACUUCUGUACUUGGAACAGGAAGAUGCUUUUUGGUGUCUAGUAACAAUAGUGGAAGUUUUCAUGCCUCGUGAUUAUUAUACUAAGACAUUGCUAGGAUCACAGGUUGAUCAGCGAGUAUUCAAGGAUUUAAUGAGUGAGAAGCUUCCACGACUGCAUGCUCAUUUUGAACAGUACAAAGUUGACUAUACUCUUAUAACUUUCAACUGGUUUCUUGUGGUAUUUGUGGACAGUGUGGUGAGCGACAUCCUUUUUAAAAUCUGGGACUCCUUCCUAUAUGAGGGACCAAAGGUAAUAUUCCGAUUUGCCCUGGCACUUUUUAAAUACAAAGAAGAGGAAAUCUUAAAACUGCAAGAUUCAAUGUCCAUUUUCAAGUACCUUCGCUAUUUCACACGCACUAUACUUGAUGCUAGGAAACUCACUGGUAUUGCUUUUGGAGACCUGAAUCCUUUUCCAUUACGUCAGAUCAGAAACCGGAGGACCUAUCACCUGGAGAAAGUGCGUCUUGAACUAACUGAACUAGAAGCCAUUCGUGAGGAUUUCCUGCGUGAACGAGACACAUGUGUAGAAAAAAGAGACCUUAUUAGUGAUGAUGAGGAGGAUGGUUGAAACUACUCGACAUAAACUUUUCUUUGGGAUUAUGACCAAAGUGAGUUAACCUCCAAAACACUUUAUUGAUCCUGUCAAACAGAAUGUAAACUAGUUCCUUUGGGGAAAUAUGCAGGACAAAUUUCCAAACCCCAGCACUUUCAGAAAUAUUGCUUUGUAUGGAGGCCAAACACUUCUGUUUACAUUUAUGUUCGUGAAGUUGUAUGUAGAGCACUUAAUAUCUGUCUUGGUUUAGUCAAUCGGCUGGAUUGCCAGAUGUUUCCCUGCAGUGCACUCUCAGUGCCUGCAUGUGAAACAGUAGUGAGAGAAGUCCACGCUCCGUUUUGCUACAUUCAUUGCCAUUCUGUGUUUUUUUUGAUGUAAUCAGAUUUUUUAUUUCUAGUGCAGGUUCAACAUGGGGAGGACAUCACAUGUUUUGGUUUCGGGUUGGUUCAAUAAAUGGCUUUCAUCAUGUUGUCCUUGAAUAAACUAGCCAUUCUUGAGGUUACAAACUAGAUGAGUAUGCAGUGAAGCACAGGAAGUUGUACAUUAUGUUUACUUUCCUAAAGUGACAUGAAAUCAUGUGACAAGUGACCAUGGAUCAUCAAAUGGAACACUUGAAUAUAUAUAUUUAAAGGUAAAAUAAAUGCCUAUUUGUCAUUAAAUGUUCAGUGUAUACUGAAAAAGUGAUAUAAAACAUGAUUUAUGCUUUUCUGGGCAACUGUGUCAAUAAAGAAUCUUGUUAAUGCAAAGGAGUUUAUAGAUUAAAUUCUGCUUAGUCAAUUUUUACUCAGUUUUUUGAUUUAUAGUGUUUCAAAAAAGCCACAACAAAAACCCAACUAUUACAGAAGAAGAAUGGAGCUUGUCACAGGAUCACCAUGUUUUAGUAGAUAACUAGUUGUCUGCCUGUUGAAGGCCUUUUAAAAGAAUUUAACUUUAUGCUUCUUCCUAUUUAGGGCUUAAAGUAAGACAAAGUCUUUGUCUUUAAGAAGAAUUACAGCAUUGUUGUGCAUGAAUGUUUAACUGUUGUACAACAGCGGUAGCGAUAGGUUUCCUAAAACAGUAUUUAUCCAUCAGUCAAAGGAGCCUAAAGGUCACAGCAUGCACACAGAAAUUCAGGAAUCUUUUCCAGCAGGAAAAUAUCGUGAUCUCCUAAUGUGCACAGCUUUUCAUGCACAUCCUACAAAACAGCUCUAAGGAAACAUUUGGAGUGUGUACCUGUAGUAUUUCUGACUGUGGAAGUGUGGCCAGAGGUCAUUCUUUCUCAUUUGAUGACUAGGAAUACUCUUAAAUAGUUCUGAGGAUGAGGAAGAUUUCUUUCUUGCUGGCUAUUCUAUGGACUUUUGGAGUGUUCUUUCCUGAGCUGUUGUAUCUUUAGAUUGUUGGAAUUGACCUAAAUGUUGGGUCUGGAUGGGUCAUGAUAAAACUAGCAUUCAAAUACAAGGUAGCAAAUCACUCAGCUCUGGGAAAGUGGCUAGUUGGCAAAAACCAAAACUGAUGAUCAGGAAUGGUCAAGUACGUCAGACUUCUACAUUGUGUUUUCUUUUGGUUUUCCAAGAACAAGUAGAACUUCUUUAUCAUGUAUACUCAUGCAAUUGUUUUAGAAAACAUAAGUGUGUGCAGGGAGAAAUCCUGCCUCUGUUUCACAGCACCUUUUUUUCUCUUUUUAAGAAUAUAUUUGUAACCUCUUUAAAUAAGCAAUAUUAUCAGUCAGUCUAUCUGGAAGGGAAAUAUUUCAUCAGUGCUGAAUGUUGUAAAUUCCAGGAGUACUUUUGAUAUAAAAUGUAUGCUUCUUACAUGAAAUAUAUUUUUUUAAUUAGCAAAAAGAUCCUUGCCAAUGAGGAACAUAGGGUGUGAUGAUCGUAAUUUGUGUUAUUUGUCUUUCUAAAUGUCCACUAAUUGUAUAUUGUAAGCAGUAGUUUGUUUUUUUUUUUUAUUCCCUAGUUACUCUUAAUUGUGUACUUGAGUUUAUUAGGCAGGUUUUUCAUAUUAUUGCAUGUACUGUAUUUUUUUUUGUUACAAUCAGUGUUUGAGUAUAAAAACGGGACCAGGUUUUCUAAUCUUGUAGUUAUGCUGUCUUGGUUUUGAAAGAGCUGGUCUCUAAAUCAAUCUGUAAUGUCCAUUUUGUAUGUUUGGGGUUUUGUUUUUGUUUAAUCUUCUUUUCAAGUGUUAAGUGAAGUCUUUCUAAGCUGGAGAUCUUCCUUCCAGUGGCAUCAAUUGAAAUGUUAAGAUCAAGAAUUUAGAAGUAUGUAACUACCCUAUUUUUACAAGUCUAUUAUUUAGUUUUGAGUCUUCACUGUGAAUUAGUCCAGUGACUUCAAGAGAUGUUUUUGGACUGAUUUAAUUGAAGGCUUUAAAUUGUGAAGAUAAAACUAACUUUAGGGCAAUUGUUGAGGAAGUUCUCUAGCUGACAAAACAUGACCUGCAAUGUUACAACACCAUUUCUUUUUUACAGUUUUGCCAGCGGUUACAUUUUUGUGUGUGUGUGUUGCUGUGUUUCAUUAUACAAGUUGUUACCCAAUUGUACAGUAAAACUAAGUAGCUCUGUUUCUCAUACCACUAUGUGAAUCUAAUACCUGAAUGUUAGGAAGCUUACAGAAAUCAUGUUGCCUCUGGUUAUUUUGCUAGCUUGUGAAUCUGAAAUGAGUUGAUGCUGUUACAUUCAAGUUCCCAAUGAGCUGUUGGCUUCAUUUUGUUAAGCAUCAUUACUGAUGCCUUAGUUAAAAGGUCAAAAAAUGCAGAGGUUGCCUAAGCUCUGACCACUAAAAAUCUACAUAAAACAACAAGAUACACAUAGCAGGAAGCAACAUUAAGGGAAGCUUGCCUUGCUGUUGUAAAUGUCUUUGGGUGACUUAGCAUUCUAGUGGUGUUUAAUCUGAUAACUUUGAAGAGUAAUAACUAGGCAGGGACAUGAAAGAUACACAGGUGGUAUUUAAUCCAUAUGAGACCAAGUAAAAUACAGUGACUUAGUGGCCUGGAAAAAGCUGAACUGCUUAGAUACCAAGUGUUUGUAUUUAGGGAUAAACUUCUGAAAUGGUGCAGCAGGGUUUAACAUUCAUGCCAGCCACUUAAUAAGAAAUUACCCUGUCAGUGCAAAUAAAGAUUUUUCAGACUAUUUUUUAACUUCAAAGUCAUGCACUUAAGUGCAAAGUAUUCCUAUGUGUGAUUCCCAGUUUGUGAUGUAAAUCCAACCACUAAGUUGCAUCUUGCAGAAUAUUCCUGUCUUCACACAUGUAUGCAUGGCUUUUCAGUGUGUUAAAUGUUCUAUUAUCUUCUGUUAAAUAAGCAAGAAAUUGGUGCACUACACCUCUAGAUACUAGAACUGCGCAGUAUUUCUGCUGUAUCUGUACAUGUGUACAGGUAGUAUUAUCAUCCAGUGUUAUCAGAUUGUUUGGUGUUUUGUUAUUUUUUUACCAACUGUGUAAUCAAUAAAAAGGAUUUUUGUUGCCCUUCAGUUAUCUUCUGUGAGAGAUUCUCCCCUUCCUCUCAGUCUUUGUAAACAUGGUAAGACAUUUCACCAGAAAAGGGAAAGAUUUUUUCUUAAGACAUCAGGAAUGAAUGGUCUUAAAAUCAACAGAGUUCUAUGUUCAGUCAUGCUAAAAUGGUAAAAGGGAAAAUGAAUCAAUUUCAUGACAUGAUGUAACUGUUUGAGUGAAUGAUCCCUUAAGUGCCACGUUAGGAAUGAGCAGUAUGCGGUACAAGAAAUUUGAAUCACAGAAGUGAUGUUAUUUUCAUAAAGAUUGAUGUAAAUAUAAAAAUAAAUUGUUUAUUACUUUACA